CUGCAAAUGUACAGUGUUAAUUACUUUUGAAACUGAAUAAAAUAUCUGUUUCAGCCAAGACGAUGUUGUGGUAUUCUAAACUGCUGGACGCUUUAAGUCAUGUUGAAGAAAACACUUACGUAUUUGCUGAACAAAUAAGUAUAAAAGGAUCCAGAAAGUUUCUUGUCUGCACGCAAAAUGAAAUGUUUUCUAUAAUUGAAGCACGAAAACUGGAAGAACGAGCAUUUUACGAAAUCGUGCUGUGUGAUCAUUAUUGUAAAUUCUAUAUGGACAUAGAAUUAUCGGUAACGGACGGCGUGCACGAUAAAAAAUUGUUGGAUUUAUUGAAAGGCAUUAUCGAAUUCGUGUGGGUAAAAAAAGGAACAAGGAACGUUAUCGUUCUCGAUGCAAGCACGCAGCAUAAAGAAAGUUACCAUUUGAUAUGGCCAAGAGUUUUGGCAGUGGGAAAUCGGCAGCAUGCCAGAUUUGCAAAGGAAAUGGUAGACGAACUGUCAACAAACAUAAUCUGCUAUGCAAAAUCAUUGCGGUUUUCCAAGCAAAGGGGGGUGCUUUUGUGUAUUACCCGUGGACAGCGUUACUGUCUUAUCGCAAAAAGGAAGCACUUAAAAAACAAUAUUUAUUUCCUACACGUUCAAGGAAGCUGCUUCAUACAAUUUCGAUGCACUGAUUACAUAUGCAAGUCUACUGCCAAAGGAAUAUUUCCUAAUUUCAACAUUUGCACAGCAGACUGCGAAAUACUUAAAUGUUUACAUUCGGCUUCUCAGACAGAGGGAAAUGACAAAAUGAACAUUUGUCUGGACGAUAUAAACCUGCCCAAUGAUGACCCCUGUGAGCUUUGCACAGAUGCAGCUUUACCGACGGCUGAUUUGCCUGUCAUCAAGCAAAUUAUAAACGGGGAACCAUUUGAAACCGUACUUGUGAUAAUACGCCAUAAAAGGAAAAUUGAAGCAACGUGGCUGCUCACCAUACAGGAUGCAUUCAACUUAACAUCCAAUGUGCAGAUCGACAAAAUGUGGAAUGGGCUUAUCGAAGAAACAACGUUACCCCGAGUCGCGAAAUUAAUGAAUGUGAGCGUAAUCCACACAUCUCCCGAGAAAUUUCUCUUUAUACAAAAACUUGAACUACUUGAAACGCCAAUUGACCAAAUUCAAAAACAACUCGAACAAUGGGAACCAGUUGGUAUCAAAAGAGAGAACUUCCGAGUACCAAAAGAAAUGAUGAUUAUUGAAUUGAAUACGGAAUGCACAAGUUGUGUAAUUAAUGGCAUCGUAUCAAACAUCAAAGGUCCCACCAAGUGGUUCAAAGAUCAAAAGUCCGGUGAAUUUUUAUCUUUCGAUAUCACGGACCAAAGCGCCAAGAUACGUGGCGUACUGUUUCAAGAUACUUUGAUGGAAUUUUCCGAAUAUUUUAAAGAUGGAAAUAAGCUUCGCAUUAUUAAUCCUCGCGUCCUGGAGAAAAAUGUAGACUUUGCUACUUCAGAUUACGAGACCAAUUACGAAAUUCACAUCAAGCGCACUACAGUAGUGCAGAAUUCAUCCAAGCGUUUAAAAUUUUCGUAGAAAAUAUUAAUGUGCUGCCUGCUACGUUCAGUAUUAAAUAGCGCUAUACUGUACGGAACAGUUUUGCAUUCAUAACGCUUUAUGGCAUUGUUGCUG